GAUGCACACUUCAUUGACUUACCAUUCUCCUCCAUUACUCCCUCUAACUCUUUUCAUCUCUCAAGUUCCAAUGCUCCAAUUACCAACUCAUUAUUUCAUGAAUUCUUCCAUAGUUUUGAUUUUGAAUACUACCACUUAAUCAUCAAACAAACUUGUGUCCUCUUAAUUUUUCAUCCAGAAAAUGGUUGUUUUCUUAGUCCAACUAGAAAAACACCUCCACAUCCAAACACUUACUCUCAUCAAGUGUGAAUCUGUGUAACAAAGAAGUUCAGGCUUGUCACUUCCAAAUCGAUAGUACCUUUAGGAUAUCUUAAUAUUCCAUUUUAUCGAAUUCCAAUGUUCCUAUCCUGGAUUAGAAAUUCUUUUUCUUACUUCUACGACGUUUUCCUUAAGCUCAAGCAGACUUAGGCUCUUGCAAGAAAUUUGCGGGCAGACAAAAGAUUUGUCCUGCGCAGGACGAGCUCACGCUCAAAAAAUUAGUAGACACGUCAUCAAACUUGUGUCCUCUCUAAUUUGUUACCCAAAAAAUGGGUUGUGUUCCUAGUUCAACCAAAAAAAUACCUCCAAAUCCUAACACUUAUAAUUCUCAUGCAAACUUACAAAGCUCAAAUAUUCAUAGAUCACCACCAUUAACAAUUCCAUUUCUUGAACAAGAAGAAGAAGUCAAAGAAGUCCUCUCUGAAACUCCCAUUAUUAAUAGCCCCAUAAUACAUAAUACUGAUGAAAACAAUAGUAUUCCCAAAAAUUUCUCUCCUAAGGAAAAAAAACAGUGCCAUAAUAAUCAUGAUAGUGUUUUCAAGAUCGCCAAGAUUUUCAACCCCAAAGAUGAACAUUGUGAAGUUUCCGAUAUGUACAGGAAAUUCAGCAGGAGUAUGAGGGUCGGGUCAGACCCCAAAGAGACUGUGAAAGAGCUCAACAUGAGUAUACGGGUCGGGUCAGACCCAAAAGAGACUGCCAGAGAGCAAAGCAAGGUAAUGCGGGUCGGGUCGUCGGGUCAAAAAGAGACGUUCAAAGAGCUUAGCAGGAAUAGCCGGGUCGGGUCGGAUCCGAAAGAGACUAUCAAAGAUGUCACUGCUGAGCUCCGGCUGAGGUCUCCGGCGAAGCACCGGAACACUUCUCCAGCUAGAAGGACGGAUCCGCUAUCCGGGUCGGGUCAGACCCGGAAUCUGUCUCCUGCUAGAAGGUCGGAUCACCUAUCCGUGUCGACCCGGAACAUUUCUCCAGCUAAAAGGUUGGAGCACCUAACCGGAUCGGGUCAGACCCGGAACACCUCACCGGCUAGAAUGACGGAUCACCUAACUGGGUCGGGUCAGACCCGGAACACCUCACCGGCUAGAAUGACGGUUCACAAAACCGGGUCGGGUCAGACCCGAAACACUUCUCCGUCUAGAAGGACGGAUCACCAAACCGGAUGGGGUCAAACGCUGAACACCUCUCCGGCUAGAAGGACGGAUCACCUAACAGGGUCGGGUCAGACCCGAAACAUUUCUCCCAGUAGGGUCGGGUCGGGAAGGAAUAUAGGCGGGAUAUCAAGAACAGCUAAUGGGGAGAGUUCAUGUAGGAGAUCGAGAUCACCCAUUAUGUGUCGAGAUCAAUUUAAUGGAGGAACGAGGAACAGUAUAAGUAGAUGUCCGUCAUCCAGGAAAUCCGGUAAGUCGCCGAGAAGGGUGAGAUCGGAAUUGGGUGACCGACUCCGAAGUCCAAUGGAAGCUGGCAAUAGUAGUAGGAGUAACUCCAAGCGGCAUAUGAGAAGUGGAAUUAAUGAAUCUCUUGAAAAUCCACUUGUAUCUAUGGAAUGUUUUAUUUUUAUUUGAAAUGUGUUGUUGGUUGGCGAGUGAUUACUUUUGAUUUUUCACCCGACACAUGUUAUCUGUAGCGAGAUUCCGAUUAAUUCGACUAUAUAUAGUAAAAGACUCGUUAAAAUCGAAAGCUUUCUGAUA